AAAGGAGUUUCGGACCCUUAGACUUAUAGACUUCGCUUACCAACGGUAGCGAAAACCCCACAAAAUGGCAGCGCCGGUGCGUUUUGCCCCAACUAUUGCGUCCAAUGGGCGAGUCUUCGUGAGCCGCUAUCUCAACCCAGUCAAGAAGCUUGCUCCUUUCCCAUCGCUGGUCUGUCAGUUACUGGGUCAAGAAGAGGCGCGUUUCGGUUUUCAGUGGAGCUGUGAGCCGCUCUGGCAGACGGAGUCGAAGUCAAACUUACGGUGCGGCUGGCACGGCUUGGAUAUCUUGAGGUCUCUGGUGAAUGAGGCUGUCUCGGGAGAGCUCCCGACGGGAAAGAUGGCCAACGAUUCGGAAACAAACCUGUCCGAUUCCACGGAAGCAUCAGACCGAGCCAAGCGGUGUCAAGCUUUAGCAAACGAGAGCGACGAGGAAGUUCAAGGCCACUUGCCCGAAAAAGAAGAGGCCGCGAGCGAGAAAACGUUCUCACCAUCUGGGACGCCAUCCCCUUUACUCGAUUUCGACAAGGAAACCGAUGAGGACUACAUAUUUCCGGAACCCAUGGACCCCGUGGUUGACGACGAUGAGCUGGUAGAUCUCUUGAUCGAACAAGCCACCCUACUGAGUAGAACCAUCUUCCGUUAUUUGAUGGUUAUGCCCUGACCGGAGGAGGAGAUCGAAGUCUUCUUUGGACG